GAUCAGUUGCAUGGCUUCAAGCUCGCUGCUGGGUUCUCCACCAAGCUGUACUGUACUACUCUCGUUCAUAUAUAUCGUGGCCCGGAUCGGAGGAGAUCGAUGUGGAGGCUGAAGGUCUCUGAGGGCGGCGGCCCAUGGCUGCGGUCAGUGAACAACUUCCUGGGCAGGGCCGUGUGGGAGUUCGAACCCGACCUCGGCACACCGGAAGAGCGCGCCGAGGUGGAAAGGGUACGCCGGGAGUUCACGGAGCACCGCUUCCAGAAGAAAGAGUCACAAGAUCUCCUCAUGCGCAUGCAGUAUGCAAAGCAAAAGCAUCCUCAGCUCGAUCUUCCAGCCAUCAAGCUUCUAGAUAGUGCAGAAGUCACAGAAGAGAUUAUACUAACAUCAUUGAGGCGAGCCCUUAGUCAACACUCUUCUCUGCAAGCACACGAUGGGCAUUGGGCUUGCGACUACAGUGGGAUUUUGUUCAUUAUGCCUAUCUUGGUAUUUGCUCUACAUGUGACUGGAUCCCUCAAUGCUGUCCUAUCAAUAGAACAUCGCCGUGAGAUUUGUCGCUACAUUUACAACCAUCAGAAUGAAGAUGGUGGUUGGGGAACGCAAGUGUUGGGGCCGAGCACCAUGUUUGGAUCAUGCUUGAACUAUGUUACCUUAAGGCUUCUUGGCGAGUUAGACAAUACAGAUGCCUUGACAAAGGGGCGUGCUUGGAUUCUAUCGCGUGGGAGUGCCUCUGCAAUACCACAAUGGGGAAAGAUAUGGCUCUCGGUGAUCGGUUUGUAUGAAUGGUCCGGAAAUAAUGCAAUCGUUCCUGAAUUAUGGCUUGUCCCACAUUUUCUUCCAAUCCAUCCAGGACGAUUUUGGUGCUUUUGCCGGAUGGUUUAUAUGCCAAUGUCUUAUCUUUAUGGUAAGAAGUUUGUUGGCCCAAUUACACCAACAAUAUUUGCAAUAAGGGAGGAGAUCUAUAAUGUACCAUACCAUGAGAUUGAUUGGAAUAAAGCACGUGAUACAUGUGCAAAGGAAGACCUUCGCUAUCCACGGACAUUGCUACAAAAUGUUAUUUGGACUUGUCUUAAUAAAUGUGUGGAACCCGUAUUGAACUGUUGGCCAAUUAAUAAGUUAAGAGAUGCAGCACUGAAGAACCUCAUAAAACAUAUUCAUUAUGAAGAUGAAGUUACUAAAUACAUUGGUAUAUGUCCAAUUGUCAAGGCACUAAAUAUGAUUUGUUGUUGGAGCGACGAUCCAAAUUCAGAUGCACUGAAAUUGCAUCUUCCAAGGAUCUAUGACUAUCUAUGGCUUGCAGAAGAUGGCAUGAAAGCACAGGUAUACGAUGGCUGUCAAAGCUGGGAGAUAUCUUUUAUUGUUCAAGCCUACUGCUCGACAGACCUUGUUGCUGAGUUAGGGCCAACACUUCGGAAAGCUCAUGAGUUCAUUAAAAGUUCACAGGUUCUUGAGAACCAUCCUGACAGCGAAGCAUAUUACCGUCAUAGAUCCAAAGGUUCAUGGACACUUUCAACAGCAGAUAACGGGUGGUCUGUAUCAGAUUGUACUGCAGAAGCAGUUAAGGCAUUGUUGAUGUUGUCGAAGAUCUCUCCUAAUCUUGUGGGGGGUCCCAUAGAAGGAGAACGGUUGCAUGAUGCAGUGGAUUGCUUGCUUUCUUUUAUGAACAAAGAUGGCACCUUUUCAACAUAUGAGUGUAAGAGAACUACAUCAUUAUUAGAGGUUCUCAACCCUUCUGAGAGUUUCCUGAACAUUGUUGUCGAUUAUCCGUCUGUUGAAUGCACAUCUUCAGUGCUUCAAGCCCUGAUUAUGUUCAGAGAGCUUUACCCGGGGUACCGCAAAGAAGAGAUAGGAAAAUGUAUUAAAACUUCUUCCAAGUUUAUUGAGGAUAACCAACGAAACGAUGGAUCAUGGUUUGGAACAUGGGGUAUAUGUUUCACUUAUGGAGCAUUCUUUGCAGUAAAAGGAUUAGUUGCUUCUGGGAGAACAUAUGAAAAUAGUUCAUCCAUACGCAAAGCAUGCACCUUUCUGUUGUCAAAGCAGCUAAGUACAGGUGGAUGGGGAGAGACUUAUCUUUCUAGUGAAACUGAGGCUUAUGUCGCGGCUAUUGGUCCUCAUGCAGUGAACACCGCUUGGGCAAUGUUAGCUUUAAUUUAUGCUGGGCAGGUUGAACGAGAUCCAACUCCACUAUUUCAUGCCGCAAAAGAGUUGAUCAACAUGCAACUAGAGACGGGAGGGUUUCCACAGCAAGAACACGUUGGAUGCUUCAACUGCUCUUUAUACUUCAAUUAUGCAAAUUAUAGCUACUUAUACCCCAUAUGGGCUCUUGGAGAGUUUCGUCGUCGACUGGUUGGGAAAAGGAUCUGAAACCGAUGAACGUACAUGAUAUGUUACUAAACUGCUCCUAAGUAAACCAUGCUUAUUGCAUAAUGGACCAUACACACGCUAUAUCUAUGUAAGAAAUACAGCAACAACAGCCUUGAUACCAAAGUGAUUUAGGUAGUUAUUCACGAAAUAAAAGAGGAAAUUACUAUGAUGUUUAUUGCAAUGACAUCUCGAUUACCGUGACUUGUAUGGUUUCGAGGUUUUAGUCCUGACCCUAACUCUCCACCUAGGCUCACUCACCAGAUUUAAUGGUAAAUAUGAUGCGAUGGAGGAGGUAUAUGUGACACUGAA